UUAGCAUCAAGCAUACCAUAACAAGCGGAUGAAAAAUCUUGAAACAUCAAACAUAUUAACGAUAAACAAAGUGGAAAAAGAUUUAAGUGUUUAUUCCUUUUGAAAGAUUUAGCAGUAGCAAAAGAAACGAGUUUUUUUGGGGCCAAAUCGAAAGUUCCUAUAGGAUUCCAAAUGACUUUUGGAAAUCGUAACGAGCAGUGGUGGCUGUUGGCUGACGGUGGGUGAACUAGGCGAUCGUCUGAGGCCCCGUCCUAGCACCACCUCUCCCGUCCCCUCAAGACAACACAACCCAACCGAGUGCUACUCCUCUCCCCCUCAAUUCAUCUAAAUUGCUCAUCUAGAGGGGGCCCCAACUCUUCUUACCGCCUAGGGCCUUCGACAAUCUUAAUCUGUCACUGUAUAUACAGUUAUGUUAAAUGGAAUGAGGGCGUAUGUGAAAACGUGCGUGAUUGUUGUGAUUGACUGUGUGCGAUAAAGAGUGAGUGAGAUCGAGAGUGAGUGAGAUAACGAGCUAGUGAGAUGACGAUCAAUCGUACAGAUGGGGCAUUUACUUCAACCGGACGAUACGUACGAAAUUGAGCUAUUUGAACCGAUGAAUCUUAUCUACACUGGUUCAACAACAACGGGCAAAACGUACAAAAUGGGUAGACGAACAAAAGAGCAUCCAACUAUCGUUAGUAGCAUCGAAUCCGGUUUCAACAAUGGUCAAAGAACUUUUUGCUCAAGAAAAACAAAAAAAACUAUAAACCCAAAGCAUAAAACACGAGAUUCGGAUUGCUGCAGCGUCAACUUUAUCAAAUAUUCCUUGCACAUAUUCAACACCAUAUUUCUGAUAUCAGGAUCAAUUAUUAUAGGUGUUACUUUUUGGACAAUAAUCUGGAAGCAUCAGUAUAUUUCACUACUAUCCACUACCAACUACGUAACCGGAACAUAUGCUCUAUUAACAGCAGGCUUAUUCGCCGUUUUUGGCGGUAUUCUAGGAUGCUGUGGUGUAUGGCGUGAACAUCGUGGUGUUCUGCUAUUGUACACUUUUGUUUUGCUGAUUGUAUUUCUAUUGGAGAUUAUAGUAGGCAGCUUAGCCUAUUUAUAUGAAACGCAAAUUGAGACAGAGCUCCAACACACACUUAAUGCUACUUUCAUGGAACACUACGGUGUAAGUGAACAACAAACAGUGGCUAUUGACAGUAUGCAGCAAGAGUUUUCCUGUUGUGGCGCUGUACGAUUUGAAGACUGGCGACAUAGUGUAUGGCUGCGGUCACGACGCAAAAAUCUGAUAAAACCAACUGAAGGCCGCUUGGUACCAGAUUCGUGCUGUAUAACCGUGGUUUCCAACUGUGGUUUACGUGAUGGUCCUAGUAAUAUACACUAUACGGGUUGCAUAUACGGGAUGAUGGAUGACCUUAAAUAUCACCUAAUAAUUCUCGGUGCCAUCGGGCUUGGAUUGAGCGCAAUACAAGUGUUUGGUAUGGUGUUAUCCUGUUGCUUGUAUGUGAAACUUAAAGAUGUGCUAGACUGACAAAAGCCACCGGAUCUAAUAAUUGAACCUAUGGAUCCUCUCCCAGACAACAUCAGCCUUAUUUAUGGAUAUUAGGACCCACACGUGUAAUGAACCAAUUAUACCAUGUAUCAUAUUAUCUGUUAAAUGUGUCACAUAGUAAAUGCAAAUUUUAAAGUUGUUUACAUUAUCAUUUGUAAAUAUUAUACUAAAUUGCAAUAAACAUUCUUUCUCUUUUGCUGACAAUGAAAAA